AUUACAUGGCCCUGAUUCCUUCCUGGUGUCCUCCAAUACUAUAAUGUGUUACAGGAACGGCAGUUUAACAACGAACCUUGCCCGGCAUGAAAUCCUGAUCUAGGCGCAGUACAGAAUACGAGGCUGCGGUUUCCGAUGACGAUGGCACGACGUUCAAAUAUAUUCUAAUAAGACGAGUUAGAAUUGCAGGUACAACUCCAGGUCAUCUAAUAUCCAGUGGGAUUUCGACAGAAGAGUACAUACCGGUAUGGUAAAGUACUGUAGUUACAUAUAAUUAUUUCGUAACCUCAUCAAAGUGCCCCUCCGAAAUCUCAGCGCUUUCUUUCGAAGUCACCACCCUUUCGAAAAGAGUUCAAACCCUCCCGACGAUCCCUCGCGUCUUGCAAACAUGGACAGGCUCUUUCCGCCAAACCAGUUAUGGUCAGGCGGUCUUCGAAAUGGCAUGGUCGUUUUGCUCGUCAUUUCCACCCUGGUGUGCAUCUACACGGUACUCACGAUCGCUUCAUUAGGAUAUGCGGUGACACAUCCAUUCAUAUCGAGUUCAAAACUCUCUUCCAAAGAGUACGAGGAGGGCAGUUCGGGAAUCGCAUGGGGAAAUUCCAAUUAUAACGGGAGCGAUGCGUACGUCCGCUUUUACGUGAUUCUGGCUUCCUGCUUGCUGUGUAUUCAGCCAUUAUCCUGCCCAAUCAAUCAUACAAUACUCAAGAGAAUGCACAAGCUAACGAUUUACGGACAUUUCGAGAUCAUGAUACGCCUUUUAUUUGUCCCCGUAGAGCUCUUCCACCUUCCCAUCUCCUUCUACCUGUAUCGCUCCGACCGCCAUCACCCUGUCGCAGCGCUCGUAAUGUCAAUCCUGCUUCUCGGCACAUGGACCACCGUAGCGGUCUUCCGGGCUUUUCUGGACUUCAUGUUUCAUGAGAUACCCCUUACGAGCACGUGGCUGUCACUGAGCUAUACGUCCGUCGCGUUCGCGUCAUUCACUACCUUGGCGUAUAUCGUGUACCUGGGGUACGCUGCCGCUGCCGUGCAUGCGUGGAGGCGGGAGAAAAAGGAAAGAGAGCGGAUGAGAAGGCUGAGUUGGAGGAUUGGGAACGGCGGCGAUGGAAAUGAGAUCGAGUUGGAGAGAAAGGGCUGACGAGAAGCGACGCAUACGUUAAAUGAUCUAAGGAUGAAGGAUGACUGCGGUAGUU